CGUAAUUCGCCAUGCAGCAGCCUCGCGGACCUCCGCGGCCUUCGCUCGCCGAGCCGUUCAUCGACAUGGUGGCGGACUCCCCUACCGUGCAAGACAGCCAUCGCCAGUCGCAGCUGGCGUCGUCAUCUGCAGCCAUCGACCUCGUGAUGGUGUUCUCGCUUCGAAGCGGCGGUGAAGUGAAGCACCCCGAGCGGUUCACCCAAGCCAAGUUCGUCAAACGCAUGUUGGGGCUCUGCCGAGGCAAAAAGCCCGUCGUGAACGAACUCAAGUCCGUGUUCCGCACUGACAAAUGCUUCCUGGACGACUCCGGGCGUCCCUUCGACCUCUCGCCGCCACUCGGCCAAGACGCCCCCAUCCCCCCUACCAACGCCGCCAUGAUCGCGAUUCAUCUCGACGACGAUGACGACGACAACGCGCUGGCCCAAAGCGAGCUCGAACGGAAAAUGGCAUGCCUUCAGGCCGAGUACGUGGCGUACGUUGGGAGUGCCAACGACACGACCGAGACCAAGUUCUGUGAGCUCGUGGUGCGGUCCAUGGCUAAGCGAUUGCAACUCACGUGUGGGCUUACAGUGCGCAUGUUCAAAAGCAAGCGCGGCGACGAGAUCAUCAUGACGGUGAAAGCCGACGAAGGCGACUUGAAAGUCGAAGCCGAACGGACCGAGUACCGGCUGCAAACGUCCAACAAACCGUUUGACGCAAUCCACACGUCCAAAUUGGAGGCGGUGGCCCGAGAUGUGGGCGACGUGGUCAUGGCCGAGUCCAAGGCGCACCUCAACAACAUCCAGCGCCACUCGACGACGUCGCAGAUCGCACCCGAGCCGGAAAUGGACCCUCUCUUGAUCUCCCACGGCAAAGUGCACCACAUGAAGCUGCACACGGCGUUAGAAAAGUGGGGACACAACGAGUUGGCCGACGGAAGGACCACACCUCCAGUGCCGACAGUGGCACCGUCGCUGUGGCAGCGUUUCUUGUCGGGGUUGAUUUACAUUUCGAGCGAUCCGUGGACGUACUUUGCCUUGUACACUCCGUACAAGAGCGACCCCAAGUUGCAGCCGUACUACCGACGCUACCUCACCAGCUCGGCGACGUGGACGCUGUUUCGGCCAGUGGACCGCAUCCGCUUGACCAACUCGAUCAUCAACCGCCAUCUCAACCUGGACGCAUUGAAGGCCACGACGAGUUUGCAAGAUGCGUUUGCUUUACACGACACGGCCGCCCUCGACGCGCUCAAGACAUCGUGGGCGCUCAACAAAGCCAUGACGUCGCAGCCCAUCGGCGCCAUCCGCGACUACUUUGGCGAGAAGAUCGCGCUCUACUUUGUCUGGCUCGAGCUGUACACCAAGAUGCUGGUCAUGCCGGCAGUGUUUGGGAUUGCCAUCUACGUGCUAGAUGUGUUUACGACCGCACACUCACGCACCCUCAAGAUUGCAUUUGCGGUCGCGAUUGUCGUGUGGUCGACGUUGUUUACGGAGCUGUGGAAGCGCAAGAGCGCCAUCUACAACGUCGCGUGGGGCACGGACGAGUUCAACAUCAAGUCUGUCCCCCGGACGCAGUUUCGCGGCGUCCGACGAUUGAAUCCCGUGGACAACACCCACCAAAUGUGGGUCCAGUCCACCGUGAGAGCGCGGUGGCGUAUUCGCGCGUCGUUCUUGGUCGUGUUUGUGAUGGUCUUGAUCGUGUUGGUGGCGCUGACGGGUCUAUUUUACUUGAAACAUUUGAGUGCAAACAUGGACUCGCCCAAGUGGAAAGCGUGGGCAGCUGUGGGGGUGUCGGCGCUCAAUUCCGUGCAAAUCACAGUGCUCAACAUGGUGUAUCGGUGGGUGGCCAACGUCCUAAACGCGUGGGAGAACCACCGCACGGAUGUGGAGUUUGAAAACAACUUGAUCACCAAAGUAUUUUUGUUUCAGUUUUGCAACUCGUUUGCGUCGUUCUUUUACAUUGCGUACGUCAAGCAUUACGUGGGCGACCCGUGCAUCGACAACAACUGCCUCGGGGAGCUCCGGCUCCAGCUGUUCAUCUUGUUUGGCAUGCAAGUGGUUGUCGGCAACUUGGUCGAAGUCGUGCUCCCCACGGCCACACGGAUGCUGCACUUGUAUCGCAACGCCUCAGAUGACCCGUCGAAACCCAAAAAGUCUGCCGGAGACACGAAACGCAAGCUCCAGAUGGCCCAAGAACACUGCUCCCAGGAGGAGCUCCAAGCGAUGCUGUUGCCGUACGAAGCAUCCGAAGCGUUUCAAGAUUACAAUGAAAUGGUCAUUCAAUAUGGCUUUGUCACGCUCUUCGUCGUCGCGUUCCCACUCACCCCCGUCAUGGCCCUUGCCAACAAUAUCCUCGAAAUCCACGUCGAUGCGUUCAAGCUGUGCACGGCGCAUCGCCGGCCGUUUCCCCAUCGAGCGUCGGACAUCGGAUCAUGGUCGUUUUUCCUCCACGCGAUGAACAGCUUGGCGGUGGUGACCAACAUUUCGAUUUUGCUGUUCACGUACGACCCAAACGACAAGGUCACGUCAGACGCGACGAGUUCCACGACCAAGUGGGUGACGUUCAUCGUUGCUGAGCAACUGUCUGUGGCCCUCAAGCACCUCGUGGCGUACCUCGUGCCCGACGAGCCGCUCGAGCUGGGCCAGUUGAAAGGCCGACACAAACACAUCGAGGCGAACGUGUUUCUGGGCCACCACGUCGACGACAAGGCGGUCCCGACCAACUUGACGGAAAAGGCCGAGUCGCUCGACCUGGUCAUCUUGGACAAGUACGACAGCUUCCCGGGCGCCGUUUCCCCCAGUGACGCCACGUCGUCACUCUCCCCCCACCAGCCCCUGCCUACGAAUCUCGCGUGUGAAAGGCCUUGAGUAGCUAGCUUCCAUGCAUGCACACUUUAUCGGAUCUCCAUGCAUUGAUUCAUGAACGAUGAAAUAUAUUGACUCACGUUAUACGCUCAAGUGCAA